CAGCCUGGCAAAAAGGAAGUACCGAUGAUUUCUCUGGAGACUGAGAGCGAAUGUAAUCUUCGCGCUAAUUUAUGCCGUAUCUUUUGAAAGCCACGGUUCAAGUGGUUUGCUCUCGUUUUGAACGGGAAUCGCUUCGCUCUCUGGUCCUUCCAAAGACGACAGGUUGUACCUUGACGCAGGCACAAAAUGUGCUACGAAUCUCCUCUGUUCAUCGAAAUUGCUGAGUUGUAAGCCGCCAAUGUUGAGUUUGGCUAAAUAUGGAUGGUGUACAAAAUAUGGGCACCGAAGGGCUCUCGUCAAAGAACAUUUUCAUUGGAGCUGCACUGGCAAUUGUUGGAAAUCUUCUUAUCAGCAUCUCAAUGAAUAUACAGAAAUAUUCCCAUCUACGCCAAGCAGAAGAGAAAAGUGAAACUCAUUAUUUAAAGAGUAAAAUAUGGUGGGUUGGCCUGAUAUUAAUGGUUCUUGGAGAAAUAGGGAACUUUUCUGCCUAUGGGUUUUCUCCAGCAUCACUUGUUGCCCCUCUAGGAACCACCACUGUUAUAGCUAAUGCCAUCAUUGCUGUUGUAUUCUUGAGAGAAAGAGUACGAUACCAAGAUGUUUUUGGAGUCACUCUUGCAAUAGUUGGUGCUUUCUUACUCAUAACAUUCUCAACCAAGGAAUUUUCAGAAUUGACCGGAAAAGAAUUGGCUAGUUAUUUGCGUCAGUGGCCCUUUCUUGUAUAUCUGGUAUGUCUCUCUGUUUCACUUAACGUAUAAAUUUACAUUUAUUAUUGUUAUAAUUAUUGUUUUUCAGGUUCCUUGACUGUGAUAUCAGCCAAAGCUGUGUCGUCAAUGAUAAACAUCACACUGGGUGGAAACAGUCAGUUGGGGCACCCACUGUUUUAUGUCAUGUUGAUUGUAAUGAUCACCACAGCAAUUGCCCAAGUCAAAUUCCUGAACAGAGCUAUGCAAUCAUUUGAUGCCACUGUUGUGGUCCCCACCAAUUUUGUCUUGUUCACAAUUAGUGCCAUUAUAAGUGGUAUUGUUUUAUAUAAAGAAUUCUAUGGACUUACCUUCCUGGAAAUAUUUAUGUUUCUCUUUGGGUGAGCAUCUUCUUAUUCGUGUAAACUUACUUAGUUGUUGUAUUGUUAUCGUAUAGUUUCUUAGAUACCAUCAUCAACAAAAUAGUUAACUAGAAAACACUUAUUUUUAAGGGUGAUGCUGAAUAAAUAAAUAAAUGAUAUUUAAUGAAAAUACACAUCUUGUAGAGUAACUAGUGCAUUGUAACCUCAGUUAUGAAGCGUCUGCCUUUUAUCUUGUGCCCCUGCCUUCUCUCUUCACCAAACCAAUAUUGAGUUUCUUACAGCACAGAGCUUUGCAGCUGUGCAACAUUGAGAAGAAGACGAAGGGAGGAGAGGGAAUCAGGGAAUCAUCUCUGGAAGUCUUUGGACUAGUAAUAGGGCAGGAAAAGGACCACAAAAUGUCAUUAUAUUUUGCUACAAACUGUCUUAACGUGUUUUGUCAGAAAUAGUCAAAAAUAACGUACUUUACUACAUGUAAAUUUUCAAUGAUAACAGGCUUUACUGGUAUGUGUUGACUGGUUCAAAGAGAAAUCAUGUGAUGAGCUGUGUCCUUAGUUUCUUGAUAACAAUGCAGAUAUGGA